GUUUGAGGUUGCUCAACUCAAUUACACAAGAAUUUCCUUAGGCAUUAUUGAGACAUAGAAAGAUAUAGAGUACAGAGAAAUGGGGAAAAUGGAACAAGGGUCACUUGAUUCAGCUUCAGCUAUACCUCUACCUUUGCUUUCACUUAACCAUGUUUCUUUUGUUUGCAAGAGUGUGACUGAGUCUGUGACAUUCUAUGAGAAUGUCCUAGGAUUUGUGCUUAUCAAAAGGCCUUCUUCUUUCGAAUUUGAAGGGGCAUGGUUAUUCAAUUAUGGCAUUGGCAUUCACCUACUUGAGUCAGAUAAGGUUCCGGUGAAUAAAAGAGAGAUCAACCCCAAAGAAAAUCAUAUUUCAUUUCAGUGCUCAGACAUGAAACUUAUAAUGCAGAAACUUGAUGAAAUGAACAUCGAGUAUGUGACAGCACUUGUGGAAGAUGGUGGAAUUCAAGUUGAUCAGCUCUUCUUCCAUGACCCUGAUGGUUACAUGAUAGAAAUAUGCAACUGCCAGAAUCUCCCUGUGCUUCCACUUUCCUCAUGCCCUCUAAAGCUCAAGCCUAGUACCAAUUAUACAAAAGAUCAAGAACCAUUUUUCUAUGGAGAUGGUGGUACGUUGAAGAUGAACUGCUUUGUAGAAGAAUCUAUGCUGAUGAUGGACAAUUUAAUGAUAGAUAUGUUGAAGAUUUCAAUAUAAGGGUUGCUGUAAUUUCCCUAAUUAUUUUGUAAAAAGUUUUGUGAGAGCCUUUUUAUGAAGAGAGAAAAGGGGAAAUAAAGUGUGAGAGUAAAUUUACUUUAGUAGUGAAGUGUGAUAAUAUAUAUAUAUAUAUUUUUUGAGUUCCCAUUUGUGUAUAGGGACGUAAUUCUCUCCCUUCUUUAACAUCCGCUUGUCGUUAGAACAGUGGAUUACAUUCCGAUUAUUUAUGUAUAAAUAGAGAGACAUUUUUAUUUUUAAGUUUUAACAAAUAAGAUUGAAAUGUGAUCGUGGUUGCUUCAA